AUGACAACACAAUAUAUGAUUACAGGUAGAGGAAUAAGGAUGGAGGAUGUAACUUCUUUAUUGGAAUUUGAUUCUAAUGUUCCUUAUAAUAUAUUUAUAAGGAACUUAAAAUUAUUAAGAAUCGGUCAAGUUGUUGUAAAUUUUGACAUAACACUUGAGAAAAAUAGGAUAAUAUUUCAUGGCUCGCCUGAUGACAGUGAAAUAAGAACUGUGAGAGGUAAAGUUAGGCUUGAAGUGGCUGGUAAAUUAAAUGUCAAGGAAAUCAUUCUAUCACUUGUAGAAAAUAAAGGAACAUUAUUACAAGGAGUUCAUGACUUUCAUUUCGAAUUUCUUUUGCCAGGAGACUUGCCAGAAUCAAUGAAUUCAGAUGCAAUUUUAUGUAAAUAUUUUCUUAAAGCAGAAUUAAUAACCAGACCUCCAUGCGAAUUGUUAACAGAGAAUAACAAACUAGUUGACAUUGUUGAUCUGUUUAUCGAAAGAGCUAUGCUAGAGUCCGAUGAUGAUAUAAAAAGAGGAUGGGAUGGCUUUAAAAGAGUUGAAAAGAUUAGUUUUUGUUUUGUUCAAAGUGAAUGCUACAGUAUCGCAAAUAAUAAAUGUAUUGCUCACAAUGAAAAACCAAUUGCUGGUCCAUUUUAUUUCCAAUUACCAAAAAAGGAACCAUUGGAACUUCAAAGUAGACCAAUGAUAUUUAAAUUACCAAUAUGUGAAUCUUUUGUAAAUGACUAUGAUUUGGUCAACGUUAAAAUAAGACAUCAAUUAAAUGUCAAAAUUCAAUUAAGUAACUUUGGUAGAGAUCAAAUAGAAUUCAGUAUUCCAAUCUCAAUAAAGUCAAUAAUACCUAAUCCAGAUACUUUGCCAUUACCUCGUAAAAUUGAUCUUUCAAACAGUGUCGCUUAUUUACAAUUGGGAAAUAAAAUCUAUGCAAGUAAACCAUCAAAAGUAACUAAUAAAACCAAUAAACGGUCCAUAUUUAAAUUAUCAUCAAGAAUAUUUAAUAAUAAUAAUGCUGGCAAGGUUAAGAUUAGAAAUAAUGUGAAUAUUAGUACUGACAGUAACAUUGAACCAAAUUUACCAAGAACAUCUAGCAUUAGUCAAAGUAAAAGUUCAUUAUCAAAAAAAUCAUCAUUUGAUAUUGAAUCAAAAAUAUUGAACAGCGAUGAUAAUAAUAUCAACAUUAGGAAGAUAGCCAAAAACUCGGAUAUAAAAUAUUGCAUUAUUUCCACAACGUUUCCAGAUUAUGGAUGUAAUCCGAUGGAUCACGAAUUAUGUUUAGAAAAUGACGAGAAUGUCCCGCCAUCAUUUAGAGAGGAAAUCGGGCAGAUGAAAAAAAGAUCACGAAGAGGCAAAGGAGAAGUUGAAGAAGUGUGA